AUGUCCUCCUCCUUUGAGGAAAGGUUUAAGCAAGCCGUCAAAGAUGGCGUCUUCCCCGGUGCCAUCUUGAUGGCCAAAGACAAGUCUGGUAAACAUCUCAUCGCGUCCGCUCGUUCGACAGAUAUCCUCUUCCUGGCCUCGAUGACAAAACUUCUCACUUCAAUUGCCGCAAUGCAAAUCGUCGAAAAAGGCUUGAUAUCUUUGGAUACAGAUGUCGGUCCUUAUAUCCCUGAAUUGGCUGCUCAACCUAUCUUGCAUGGCUUCGAUGACAACGACAAACCAAUUCUUACGAAACGCAAAAACACGAUUAAGUUCGUACAACUGCUUACUCACUCUGCGGGAACCUCUUAUGAUAAGAUGGUUCCCAUGCUGGAAAAAUACAGAGAAAGUAUUGGUGACAACCCGAAAGACAGAACAACGAUGAAAGGCAAAUGCGUGUAUCCUCUUCUUNUUGAGCCGGGCACUCACUGGACCUAUGGUACUGGCAUUGACUGGGCAGGCAAAGUGAUUGAGAAGGUUACAAAACAGUCCUUACAAGACUAUUUGCAGGAAAACGUCUUUGCUCCUUUCGGUAUUGACAGGAUAAAGUUUACACCUUAUCUGACCGAAGAGUUGAGGAAAGAAGCAGCGACCAUUGCACUCAGGAUCCCUAGCGGCGACCUUGUCAAUCUACCCGUAAACAAAAACAUUGAUUACAAAGAUGCCGAGUGUUUCGGUGGCCACGGUUGUUACGCCGACAUGGCAAACUACAUCAAGAUCCUAGAAUCUCUGCUUUCGGACGACGAGAAAUUACUGAGCAAGGCCAGUACUGCGGUCAUGUUUUCUCCCCACCUAACUUCCGAGUCAAGAAAAGGCAUCAAGAAAGUUUUUGGCAUGAAGGAAGUGGUCAGCCUAUUCGUCGGCAAGUUCCCAGAAAACGUCACCUAUGAUUGGGGUAUUGGUGGUGUGUUGGUCGAUAGUGGGGAUGACGAUCACAGAAAGCAGGGCACCAUGAUCUGGAGCGGUAUGCCGAACAACUUCUGGUUUGUCGAUAGAGAAAAGGGUGUUUGUGGGCUGUUUGGCACGCAGGUGUAUCCGCCUGGUGAUGGUAAAGUUGGAGAGAUGAUUGAUUUGUUCGAGAGGGAGGUUUAUGCCAGGGCCGGUGCUGAUGGAGGUGCGAAGUUGUGA